AUGGUUGAAUUGACAGAAGUUAGGGAAGACAACACCAAGGUCUUUGAAAAAGAAGCAGACUUCCCAGCUGGGUCUUCUAACAGAGACGAAAGCGUGCCAGAGCAGGACUCUUCCGAUGAAUACUCCAGCGAUGAUGAAUACGACGAAGAAGAGACGUUCAUGGAAAGACUGAGCGCUCUAAAAGACAUCAUUCCUCCCAGACAGAGACAGACUAUCAACAAAGUGUUCGACACCACGGUUUCCGUAGUGAGGGGUGCUUUUUCCAAGAGCGGGAACAUUGCAUGGGCUGUCACAACAUCUGCGCUACUUCUCGGAGUUCCUCUAUCGCUGUCUAUUCUUGCUGAACAGCAGUUGAUCGAGAUGGAAAAGAGCUUUGAUCUGCAGAAAGACGCUAACGACAUCUUGGUGCAGGGUGACGGAGCCAACGCUGCUCCAGUGGGAGCCAUAGCCACCGCCUGA